CGCCAAGUUAUUCCAAUCCACACUCGCCUUGGCCCUGCCACAGACCUAAUAUGUUCAGAGGAGCUCGGCGUUUUCGUCCACGGCAAAUACGACCUUGGUAUUUUUUAUGAUGUCAAACAAAAGCCGAUGACUCUUCAAACAUCCAUCACCGCUGUUGCAGUCCAAGUAUCCAGAAUACCAGCAACAUGUUUCCAAGGCGAUACUCCCAAUUUCGCCGUAUUAUUAUCUACCGGAGAAAUCCAAGUCUACACAUACAAGAACGGCAUAGCACAGAUGCCUGUUCUGAGGCUGCGUAACUCACGGGAGAACUCCAGGACAACUUGUCUUGCUUGGAAAGGCGAUUGCAUCAUAACUGCUGACACAGACGGCGUAAUUAUGUUUUACGACUUUGCUUUCGGUACAUCGAAGCAAACAUACUCUCCUUUCAUCGACAUAGACAGGAUAGAGUUCGAGAGAUCAUCCAGCGGAUUGUACGUACACGCGAGAGACGGAAAAUUUGGUUUUUCACUUGAAAAAGUGGAAAGUUGUCCUUUUUCUGUUUCCUCAUUCGCUGUAACAGGAAAUGGACUCGUCCUCGUCUCCCCGCUCAAUGACGAAGCCGUGAAAUUCGUUAUUGCAAGAGACUGGAGAUCUGUAAAAAGAAUCACUUCACCUGCCCUCUUAAAACCGCUAAAAACCGCCCAGCAACGGUUAGAGCUUAUGGGUGAGCAAUUAUUAACGAAUCCUACUACAGGAACAUGGUCAGAAGCACUUCAAAUAGCUGAGAUAGCUAAUGACCAUGGAUUUCCAACUGAUUCCAUUAUUUGGAAGUGUGUUUCACGUAGUUUGGGAGGUCCGAGGUUGCAAGCACGACAUUCCAUGUUUGGAGGGAAAGAAGAAGUUGUUUCCGCGUUGAGGAUUCAAUCUUCUCUGUUUUCUCCUGCAGAUACUCCGAUUUCUGCCAUUUUCAACUUGUUGUUCAAGUUCAGAAUGGGUGA